CCCGCCCCUCACCCCAAAUCUCAGCCCCCAACGUCUCUCUCAAGCAGCUCGCCUCCUCCCCCAUCCGCGGCGAUCUAGGGUUUCGCCCCCCGCCCCCGCCUCCGACCCCGCCUGCGCCGCGAUGGACGCGCUCUCCCUCAUCGACGUCUCCGGCGAGGAGGACGACUUCCUCCUCGACCUCGCCUCGCCGCCGCAGCACCCCGACCCGCCAGCCCGCGCCGCCCCAGGUGCUGCGGUGGUGGGCGCCGAUUCGAAGCGGCCCGCCGUCGGAUCUCCUCCUCCUCCUCCGGCGGUGGCGGGCGGGCAGGCCGUGGAUCCCGCGGAGCAGGCCCCGGAGCGGGCGCAGUCCCCGAAGAAGACCAAGGGCGUCAACCUCCGCAAGAGCCUCGCCUGGGACAAAGCCUUCUUCACCAGCGAAGGUGUUCUCGAUACUGAGGAAUUGGGCAUUGUAAACAGCACUUUCCGCAAGUCGCAGGGUUCUAGUCUGCUGCCAGGAAUAGCAGAGGAAAUGAGGAGGUCAAUGGAGUCCACCACCUCCUCGUUGGAAAGUGAAAGCUUUGUGCUGGAAAGCCUUGAGACUGAGCUGUUUGACAAUGUCCGUGCUUCGAUUCAGAGAACGCUUGGGAAACCUGAUAAAGCUCCUAUUGUGGCUUCUGGAAGCUCAAAAACCCCUAGGUCCGCAGCAAAGGCGCCUCCUGUCACAGUGAGAAAGGGGGUUGAUCGGAUACCUCAGACUCAGAGCAAGAUAAGGCCCCCUGCUUCAAUAAGCAAUGGUUCCGUUGGUGGUACCAAACAAAGGCCCCAAGUCACCCUGAAAGAGCCUGCAGCUGCAAGAGUGGCUGCAUCAAAAGCUGCAGAAGCAAAACCAUCCUCAAAGCCUCCCAGAGCUCUGCCAAGAGUUGCUACAAUGAGAGCACCGACUAACACAGCUGUCACCUCUGGGAUUGCAGACAAAAGAAGCAGCACUGGAGGUGUAGUCAACAGGCAGGCAGUUGCCAAGUCUGCUAACAGUUCAGCCAGUGUGCCAUCUCGGCCUGGUGGGGGCCCAAAGAACAACUCAACCUCAAAAUCUGGUGCUUUGUCGUUAGCAGCAAGUCCUUCCUUGCGUAGUGCUCCCAUGGCAGGUGGGAAAACAAAGUCACCGACCCUAAUCAGCAAGAACAGGACCGCUCAGAGGAUCCCUAUUCGUUCAUCAUCAAGAUCUGAUAUCAGCAAGGUUGACCCAGCAAGGGCAUCAAGAAAUAAGAGUCAUGGUGAGAGUGCAUCACCGACCAUUUCACCAAGCAGUUCUGUGGACAGCAUGAGUUCUGUGAUUUCUGGGGUUUCAACAGCAUCCACUGUAGGGAGAGCGAGUCAUACAUCUGAGACCUUUAGUACAAGGUCGUCUUCAUUGUCCCCUUCCACCAGAAAGAGCAAUGACCACCCUCCAACCACACUACGGAGGCCUGUUAUUGUUAGAGAAGGACAGGCUUCAGGAGCAUUUGCUGAUAAUGUGAAAUCUAAUGUCGACACAUCAACCCAAGGAAAUGGUUUUAAACCAUCUGGUCUACGAAGGCCUACACCCAAGAUUGGAUAUUUUGAUGCCGAGAAAUCUGUUGAACAAAAAGCCGGUGCACGGGCACAACUGCAACCCACGAAGGUUCUGUUUUCACCGUUGGCCACACAGAACUCUUGGAUUCCUUCUACUCCGAAGACAAUCCCUGCAACUCUUACCUUUGAGCAAGAAGAACCAAAAUCUAGGGCAGCAGCACCUUCUCAAACUAAGGCGUCACCUUCACUACCUCUCAGAGUUGCACAAACUGAGGUAAAACCAUCAAAGGUGACAGAGCAUGAAGUUUCUCAAAAGGAGGCAUUGCCUUUACUGUCUCCAAGAGUUGCACAAACUGAAACGGAACCAUCAGAAGUGGCGGAGGAUGACAUUUCUCCAACUAAGGCAUCACCUUCACUGCCUUCUCUUACAGUCGUGCAAACCGAAGUAGAAUCUUCAAAGGUAUCCGAGAAUGAAGCAGCCAUGCAUGAGUCUGGUCCACUGGUCACCUUCACUGCUUCAUUCUCGGAAACUACAGCAGCACCUUGCGAGGACAGCAGUCCUUCACUGCUUCUUGGAGUUGCAAAAAUGGAAGUAGAACCAUUGGGAGUGAUUGACCAUGAAGCGGAAACAUCAAAGGUGUCGGAGCAUGAAGCACACGUGCUGGAGACUGGCCCAUUGGUUGCCAUGGACAUUGCAGAGGACGAGGGGAUUCCAGCUUUAAAUCAGAAUGUCCAGGCCAAUGGCGAUAUCAGUUCAUCAACUGUUGAGCUGUCAUCAUGUACCUCUGGUCAGCAAGAAUCAGAAACUACAGCAGCACCUUGCGAGGACAGCAGUCCUUCACAAAACAAGGUAUCACCUUCACUGCUUCUUGGAGUUGCAAAAAUGGAAGUAGAACCAUUGGGAGUGAUUGACCAUGAAGCGGAAACAUCAAAGGUGUCGGAGCAUGAAGCACACGUGCUGGAGACUGGCCCAUUGGUUGCCAUGGACAUUGCAGAGGACGAGGGGAUUCCAGCUUUAAAUCAGAAUGUCCAGGCCAAUGGCGAUAUCAGUUCAUCAACUGUUGAGCUGUCAUCAGGUGCCUCUGGUCAGCCACAAUCAGAAACUACAGCAGCACCUUGUGAGGAAAGCGUUUCUUCUCAAACUAAGGUAUCAUCACCUUCACUGCCUCUUGAAGUUGCAAAAAUGGAAGUAGAACCAUUGGAGGUGAUUGAGCAUGAAGCUUGCAUGCCCCAGGCAGCCAUGGAUAUUGCAAAGGAGAACAUUCCAGCCAUGGAUACCGCAAAAGAGAACAUCCAGCCUGGUGGUUAUUCGAGUCCACUAAAGGAGAACAUUCUGGCUUCGCAUCAAAAUAUCCAGCCUGAAGAGCAUAUGACUCCUGUAAAGGGAAGCAUCCUGGCCUCACACACAAAUGCGCAGGCUAUUGGGGAGAUGACUCCAAUUACUCUCCUGAGCCAGAAGCUGUCCUCCAUUUCUCUAGGACAAGCUAAUGGGGAGGCGACUCCAUUGACUCAGAAGGCGUCCUCCAUUUCUCAAGGACAAUCUAAUGGGGACGUGACUCCAUUGACCCAGAAGGCGCCCUCCAUUUCUCAAGGACAAUCUAAUGGGGAGGCGAUUCCAUUGACCCUGUUGGCGCAGAAGCUGUCCUCCAUUUCUCUUGGCGAUGCCACCGACUAGGUGUCUUGUUCUGCCAGAGGAACUGAGUUAAUCGUAUGCUGCUGGUUGUUUUAUGAUUACAUCCUUGUUAUCAUAAAGAGUGAAGUUAGUACAAAAGGCUGUCCUACAUUUUCUUUUGUUUCCUUUUAGCUCUUCAAAGAGUGAGAGUGCUACGAGUGUAGUAAAAACGCAGGAUAUGGUUGAGAACUGUGAUAUUCUAUUGUGUCCAAAGCACUUGAUCCUGGUAUGCCAAUUGCAGAUUUGCGAGUAAAAGCGUAUAAAUAUGA